AUGCGUGUAACUUUAUCUAGUCUUUUACUAGUCGCCACAGCCUCAGCGGCAAAAGCUCACGGCAACCACGAGAACCAUCCGAGGGCUCAUCAAAACUAUGAGAGAACUGCCACUGUCGACGUUUCAACACUAAAGGGUAAAUGGCUUUACGGCUACCAGGGCUGGUUCCGUAAACCCGCAUCUGGUGUCAACAACCACUGGUCUCCCAACGGCGGAACUCCAGGGCCUGGAAAUGUCGAGGUUGACUUUCUCCCUGAUGUCAGCCAGUAUCCGACCAAUUGUCUUUUCCCUUCUACUUUGACUGCACCCAAUGGCCAACCGGUGCAAUUGUACGAUAACACUUGCGAGGGUGUCGUGGACUUGCACUUUAAGUGGAUGCAGCAGUACGGAAUUGAUGGUGUCAUUGUGCAGCGUUUCUUGAGCCACCUCAGCGAUGCCUCUUUCAUCACGAUCCUCAAUCAAGUUGAAGCUGCCGCUGUGAAAUACGGCCGAGGCUUUAUCGUCGAAUAUGAUGCUUCCGGUGGCAACUCCUCUGCCGGCAGCGUCGCAAACGAAAUCUUGGCCGACUACAACUCUGUCGUCAAGACUUACACAAGCUCAUCGGCAUAUAUCCACCAGAAUGGCAAACCAGCAGUCAUGGUGUUUGGCGUUGGAUUCCCCACAGUCGCCAUCAGCGUUAGUGAUGGAGCCAAUAUUGCCACUCAACUCAAGAAUGCUGGAGCAUAUGUUGGCCUUGGAGUGCCGUCGACAUUUGGCUCCGAUGUGCGAGGCAACACUGGUUUUGCGUCCGCAUACAAGGCAGCCAACUUGAUCAGCCCCUGGACUGUCGGCAGCUACAGCGAGGGCGGAUACAUGGCGGGAUACCACACGACGACACAGAUUCCAGACAGCCAAACUCUUAAAUCGCUCGGCAUCGACCACGCUCCUCUUGUCUGGCCCGGCACAUCGGCCUACCAUCUCAACGGUGUCACUAACCCGUCUGCCUUUGACUACUUCCCCCGCUACAACGGCUCUUUCUACUCCAUGCAGGCAGAUGCCGUUACUUCUCUGGCCAUCAAGCCCCUAUUUGUCUUUAACGCCAUGUUUGAUGAAAUGAACGAAGGAACUGGAAACCUGCCAUCUCUGAAGACGAGCCAGCUCCCCACUAAUGACAAGUUUGUGGGAUACGACAACACUUUUGCAAACACCUCAUUUUAUCUAGCGCUUGGUGGACAAAAGGCGACUGCGUUUGCAAAGGCAGUAAACUAG